GGGAGAGCUUUUAAACGCUCGUCAUUCAAUUAGUUACUGCAUACGACUUGCAUACGACGCCAGCAUUUCUCUCGAUUUCUCUCCUUCAGACCUUACUUUGACCCACAUUGCAAAUGGACUCCUCUCCUGUGACUGCCGAUUUCUCUUCCUCACCACCGAAACGUACGAAAAUUGUCCUCCUUGGUGAUCAAAGUGUUGGCAAGACUAGUCUUAUAACAAGGUUCAUGUAUGACACUUUUGAUAACACGUAUCAGGCGACCAUCGGCAUUGACUUUUUGAGCAAGACUAUGUAUCUCGAAGAUAGGACAGUGCGGUUACAAUUAUGGGAUACGGCUGGCCAGGAACGCUUUCGGUCCCUCAUUCCAUCAUAUAUCCGAGAUUCGUCUGUCGCUAUCGUCGUUUUUGAUAUUACAAACCGACAAUCAUUUCUAUCAACAACAAAAUGGAUAGACGAUGUUCGUUCAGAGCGAGGGAACGAUGUCAUAAUUGUUCUGGUAGGGAACAAGGCAGACCUUUCAGAUAAGCGACAAGUGACUCUUGAAGAAGCUACUGCAACGGCGACCAGCAUGAACAUCAUGUUUAUGGAAACAUCGGCAAAGGCUGGUCAUAAUGUGAAGAGUCUGUUUAAGAAGAUCGCUAUGUCAUUACCGGGGAUGGAGAAAGAGAAUCAAACAGACACCAACGCUAAAAUCGAUGUCACAACUGCACCGGCGAACGAGGUCCCAGAGGCUUCACAAUGCAAUUGUUGAUACGUUGUUUACUUCCGCUGUAAUCCUGGAGAUAUUUUCUAUAUCAUACGUUUAUCGACAACGCUGACCGAAUUAUGAAUGUUUGAAUUGCAAUCAACACCUGCUUGUUGCAAUUGGGGUAUCGUUGCGCAGGAUUCACUUUGGAGACAAAGUACGCACUUUCACAUACGUCCAAAAUUCAAUAAAUGGCACCGAAAUCCCUGACAAUAAUCGUACCAUCUAUAAGUGCCGU